UUCACAAAUCACAUUUAUCUUUGUUUUGCCGAGGAAAAUGGCUAGCUCUAAGAUCUUCCUCCUCCUUGUUGGACUUACCUUUGCUGUUCUUCUCAUCUCUUCUGAAGUUUUUGCUCAUGAAUUUACAGAGGCAGUUCAUCAAAUUCAAGACAGUGUAAAAACAGAUGUAAACAGCUUCCCAGCAGGAAAAGGGUAUGGACACGGGCACAAACAUGGACAUAAGCACGGGCACGGACACAGAAAGGGGCACAAACACAGACACCAUGGAAAGCAUGGGUAUGGUGGUGGCAAGACAAAAGCUAUGGUGGAAGCUGAAACUGGGAAUUAGAAGAAAAAUAUCUUUCCCUAUAUGGGAAUUUAUUUUUACGAUAUGUUACCUAAAUAAU